UAUUUUAAACCUUUUGACCAGUGAGCAUUGCUAUUCCCCCUCACUCACAGGCAACAACUAGCACAGAAGAACACAAGACAGACCUGCCAGCAAACAAAAACAGUCUGUGAAGAGUAGUUUAAGAUAUUAAUGCCGAUGUCACCUCAAUUCAGAAAUGUAUGAAUCCUGGCUCUGGAUCAGGACACCACUGGGUCUUCCUCUCUAUGCUGACAAAAGUGGGACAGACAUCCAGAACAAGAGUCCAUGGAGGAUCCACUGCUGAGCUCUGCUCAGGCAGAGCAUGGCUCACUUCUGCUCAGGCAGCUGGAGAGGAUGAGAGCAGCCGAGGAGCUCACUGAUGUGGUGCUGCUGGCAGAGGGAGUUCCCUUUGCUUGCCACAAGGUGGUGCUGUCUGCAUUCAGCCCUUACUUCCAGGCCAUGUUUACAUGUGGUCUGAAGGAGACACGGGGAGGAGAGGUACCUCUCAGAGACACACCUGCCCAGAGCCUGGAGCUGCUACUGGACUACAUGUACCAAGCUGAACUCCACCUUUCCAACGACAACAUCCAGGAAGUGGCUGCUGCUGCCUUCCUGCUCCAUGUAGACGGAGCCUUCAGGUUGUGUCAGAGCCACAUGGAGGCUCGUAUGGACCCUUCCAACUGUGUCGGUCUGUACCACUGGGCCAGAAACCUGGGGGCCGCUGGUCUGGCCGACUGCGCUCUGAGAUACCUCUGCCAACACUUUGCACAGGUCUGUGAGGAAGAAGAAGUGCUGGAGCUGGAUGCCCAAAGUCUUGGGGAUCUGCUGCGUUCAGAUGACCUCAACGUAUCGCAGGAGGAGGUUGUGCUGGAGCUGGUGCUGCGUUGGGUGGAGAGGCGAAGGGGGGACUCGCAGAGAGAAGCCCAGGCUGUGGAGUUACUCAGGCGGGUCCGGCUGGAACUUGUGGACCCUGGAUUCCUCCGUAAAGCCAGGAGGAGAAACCCGGUACUGCUGAGGGAUGCUGAGUGCUUUGGGAUGAUUGACGCUGCUCUCCAGACCUCAGGCCUCUGUGAGGCGUCAGCUCCACCUCGGCCGGCCCUCCGUUACGGCAUGGAGACCACUGACCUGCUGCUCUGCUUGGGUGGGGUGAAUAAGGAGGGAGUCCCUGCCCGCCGUGGAGGACUUGCUGACCUCAGUUUUUGCUUUGCCCCCCACGGUAGAAGGACUUACUACAUCCCCUCUCCACUGAGGGGCUGUGGAGGUGUGGGGCAGAUCACAGCUGGGGCAGUGACACAAGACAACAACAUAGUGGUGGCCAUAGAGGCAGAAGACCAACACAGGAGGAAGAGGGUGGAUAUCUGCAGGUACGAUCAUUCGGAGGAGAACAGCUGGGUGGAGCUGUGCUCCACAGCGUACAGGGACAUGUAUGCUUUAGGCGUGUUAGGCGAUGCCCUGUAUAUGAUAGGAGGUCAGAUGAAAGUGGGUAAUCACUACAUCAUCACAGACAGUGUGGAGAGAUGGUCGCUGAAGAGAGGAGGCAGCUGGCUCAGCUUCGCCCCUCUGCCUCUCCCCUUAGCCUGCCACUGCUCCGUCAGCCUGAAGGAGCAUCUCUAUGUGCUGGGGGGCUGGACACCACAGCACCAGCCAGACGAAGACCCUGACAAACUGAGCAACCGUGUGUUUCAGUUUGAACCCGGCAAGGACCGGUGGAUUCAGUGUGCAAGGAUGAAGUACUCCAGGUACCGCUGCAGCACGGCCGUCCUCAACGGAGAAAUUUACAUACUAGGGGGUAUAGGAUGUGAUGGAGAGGACUGUGGACAAUCACGUCGCUGCCUGAGCUCCGUGGAGAUCUAUAACCCAGACACAGACACCUGGAGGGCGGGACCGACCCUGCCCACUCCUUUACUCACCCUCCGAACCAACGCCUCCAAUAUAGGAGCAGUGGAGGGCAAGCUCUACCUCUGUGGAUACUACAAGGGGGCCGGCCGUCAUGAGAUCAUCACCAAGGAGAUUUUGGAAUUGGAUCCUGCAGACAAUGUGUGGACGGUGGUGGAGAGACGAGCAGCCGUGCAUGACAGCUAUGACGUCUGUCUGGUGGCUAACCUCAAUCCUCGAGACCUCUUCACACCCUGAUUCAUCUCCUCCUGACUCCGAGCAACAAUGCUUCGGAGCCAGGAUGUGUGGGAAAUGUGCAUCUGCUCUCUUGGACUCGGACAUGUAUCAACAGCAAGGUUGUGGUCAUGGUUAAAAGAAACCAGUGUUGUCUGUUGGGAGGAGGCACACACUUCCUCCACCUUUUCUUCUGACAGACAACAGUCACGGAUCACAUGACCACAAGACGUUGAUUAAAAUAUUUGGCGUUUUAAAGGAAGAGCUUGCCAUUUGGGGGAAUAUGCGUAUUCGCAGGCAAGAUGUUUCCCUCUGAUUCCAGUGUUUGUGCUAAGCUAAGCUAAGCAUCUCCUGGCUCCAGCUUCAUAUUGAACAGAUGACCAUGAGAGUGGUACCGAUCUUCUCAUUUAACUCUCAGCAAGUAGGUGAAAAAACAUAUUACACAAAAUGUCAAACUAUUUCUUUAAGCAAUUUUUUGUUCCCACAUUUGAAACACGUUCUCAUCCCAACUCGUCACAUACUGACGCUGUCAAGAUCUUGCUGUCACUUAACGGUCGCAGUAAACACGUGCUUAAUGUUGUGAAUUAAACA